GAAUUUCUGUGCUGGGAAGCAUAUAAAUAGCAGUAGCGACCGUGCCCAUAUACAUAGAUCAUACUGGUCGGAUUAUAUAGCACCAAUCUGUCACGUACGUACGUUCCUUGGUACGGUUGGUUCUUCUAAACCUAGUAAGAGGUAGUGGGAUUAAGUAAGAACAGGUGGUGAGCAUGUCGAGGUCGAGGGAUCCGCUCAUCGUCGGGGGGAUCGUUGGCGACGUCGUCGACUACUUCGACGCAUCGGCGCGGCUGAGGGUGUUGUAUGGCAACCGCGAGAUCACGGUUGGGUCCGAGCUGAGGCCGUCGCAGGUGGCAAACCAGCCCACGGUGCACAUCACUGGAAGAGCGGGAUCACUCUACACGCUUGUGAUGGUAGACCCUGAUGUACCUGGACCAAGUGACCCUUCCGAACGGGAGUACCUCCAUUGGGUUGUCACGGACAUACCAGAAGGAGGUGACGUGGUCCGUGGCACUGAGGUGGUGGCGUACGAGAAGCCUCAGCCGAGGACGGGGAUCCACCGUUUGACAUUCGUGGUGUUCCGGCAUGCAGCGCAGGUGGACAUGGAUGCACCAGGUGGGCGCUCCAACUUCGUCACGAGGGACUUGGCCGAGUGCUACAAACUCGGUGCUCCGGUCGCCGCCGCCUACUUCAACUGCCAGAGGGAGGGUAGCUGCGGUGGCCGGAGGUGGCAGUGGUGAAGCAAGUUGGCUAUAACUAUGACACGUACGCACCAUCCAGUGGGAUGUGUCGCACAAAAUAAAUGAAUAAAGAAAAUAUGUGUAGGCUAGCAAGGUCCUUGCGUGCUGGCUAAUUGGCUAUCUCGAUUGGCCCUGCUUUUGGCCGAACAUAUGUGGUGCCUCGUAAUUGUAACUCAAUAAAUCUUGAAUAAAACUCCCUUUACCCCGCAAAAAUAAUAAUCGUGCAA